AGGCAUUAUGAGAGACAGCCCGAUUUCCGGAAGAGCAACUGGUGCAACUUUAAUGGACAAGGAAGAGACGUUUGUUUAGGUUUCGUCUUGGUAACAGAUCUAUUUUUCCUUUGUCCUAUAGUGAAGUUUUUUUUUUCUUACAUUAUAUACUUAAAAAUGCCGUUGUUUUCCCAAAACCCAUUUGACCAAGAUGUCGAGAAGGCAACAAAUGAAAACAACACAACAGAUGACUGGGGGCUCAUUUUGGACAUCUGUGACAAAAUUGGAACGACAUCUAAUGGACCAAAGGACAGCUUGAGAUCCAUAAUGAAGAGAGUCAACCACAAAGUGCCUCAUGUUGCUAUGCAGGCCCUCAAUCUGCUUGGUGCUUGUGUCUCCAACUGUGGCAAAAUCUUCCAUUUGGAAAUCUGCUCAAGGGAGUUUUCUGCUGAAGUGCGGAGUGUGUUAAACAAGGCCCACCCUAAGGUCUGUGAAAAGCUGAAGGCAAUGAUGGUGGAGUGGGCAGAAGACUUCCAGAAGGAUCCACAGCUCAGCCUGAUUGGUGCCACCAUCAAGACCCUGAAAGAGGAAGGGGUCAGCUUCCCAGCAGCCUCCUCACAGGGAUCCAGCUCAAAGGUCAGCGCACCGGCUGCAAGCAAGACACCGGAUGAAGAAGACCUGGCCAAAGCCAUUGAGCUGUCCUUACAGGAACAGAAGCAGCAAGCGGAAACACGACCUCUGGUCCUGACCCCCGACCCGCCACACAACACAAACGGGGGAGGAGGUCAGGAGACGCGAAAAUUCUCCUGGUGGUUGAGAUUGAUUGUAUGUUUGCCUAAAUUUUCAGUGUCCAUGAGUUCAGGGGAGUUUAAAUCAGCUAUAUUUUCUUUUUUUGUGGGCUACAGUGAUCCAAACUGGUGGAAAGGAGAAAACCACAGAGGAGUUGGACUUUUCCCCUCAAAUUUUGUCACAACUGACCUGAACGCUGACCCAGAGCCAGUGGCCAUAAUUGAGAAGUCAGCCACGCCUGAAGAGACCAGUCUGGAAACUAAAGCUGAGCCCGAACCUGUCUACAUAGAUGAGGUGAAGAUGGACAGAACACUGGCGCUCUUACAGAAUGCAGAUCCCGCAGAUGCGACUCCUGACUCCACAGAGCUAAUCCAGCUGGAAGGCGCCUGCGAACAGAUGAACCCGCUGAUUGAUGAGAAGCUUCAAGAGAUUGACAGGAAUCACUCGGAGUUGUCGGAGUUGAAUCUGAAAGUUAUGGAGGCGUUGGAGCUUUACAAUAAGCUCAUGAACGAAGCUCCUUACUACGCCGCGUACUCUAAGAUGCAGGCACAGUACGGCCCGGCCCCCUCUUCAGUGCCCAUGCAGGGUUACCUUGGACCAGCUGGCGUCCCCUACCUGCCUCCAGGUGUCCCCCAGGUUCCUCUUCCCCAUGGUUACGCUCUGCCCAACGACCAGCCUGGACCACUACACUCAAUGCCCCCGACGGUCACAGCACCCCCCUGCAGCCAGGCCUCUCAGCCUCCCUACAUGAGCACUGGGAUGAACUCUCACUACAUGACCCAGGGUCCUGCAGCUCCUUACUCCGCCCAGGCGGGCGUGGCCAUGGAUAUGUCAGCCUAUCACAACGCUAGCAUGCCUCCUGUGUCUUAUCCUGUCGCUGGUCCCCCUCACCAGGCUCCUGCUCAGCUGCAGCAGCAGCAGCAACAGCAGGCCUCAUAUUAUCCGCAGCCUUUGCUGUAACCCCCGUCUCCCAGCAGACCUUUAGUUACACUAUUCAGAUAUUUCUGUUUCUGUUUGAUCAGCCGAACUCCUGGAUUUUUUUUUCUGCUUUAGGAUCAAUUCUGACCUUUAAUUACUUGUCUAGCUGGACUGACGGCACCCUAUAGAAGCAGAGGUAACCGAAAUGUAACCCAAGUCCCAGUCAGACGUUGGCUGCUGUUUGCGAGGCAACAACCCUUUUGGUUUUCCCUCCUAUUAUGUAUUUAAUAAAUGGAUUAUCAGCAUUUCACAAUUCAUAGUUCAACAAAAUACUACCUUCACACAAUUUUAUUUCCAAUAUUACUCUGAAUGUAAUGCUUUGAGCUGGAUAUGGGUGUUUAGAGAGCUUUGCUGUGGAUAGAUUUGAGUUUAAUUUCACACAACCUUAUUAAAAUUGGGUAUGUAGGAAAAAGAAAAAUCAGUGCAGCCCUCCUGUCAGUGUCUUCAGCGAUUAUCCUCUCAGCCUGAUAACAGAACACACACGGGCAGGAUGAAACCAAUCCUUUCACUUCAGACAACGUGCAAACAGAACACAAGCCUUCAUAAGAGCCAGCUAUAUUGGCCGUGUUAGGGGUGGCGGUCAGAGCGAUGUGCGAGAUGCAUGACUGCACGGCGCAGCCGGGAACGUGUCUGGUACAGAAAGGCAGGGAGCCGACUGUGCCGGCGAGGGUAAACAAAGCAGAAAACACCAGAUGUAUGUGGGCAGGGAGGACUGGGCUCUUCCUGAAUGUGCACAAAUAGCCAAACAUGCAGGAUUAGCUCUCACUGUGGGUAUAUGAUAGAUGAAAGUGAGUUUGGAGCUCAUUUACAGCAGCUCCCUCUAAGAUUUAUUUGCUUAAAUCCCAGCUCUUUAUUCUGUAUUUCUCCGUUCGGUUCGUUACUAAAGAAUCAGCUCUUCACCUCACCAGCAUCCUUUUCAUUUUUUGAUUCUCACAAGUGUUUUGCACAACUGUAAAUGAAUCGCAUACUGCGUUCCCCAAAAACUCACUGCCUUCGUUCUGCAGUUUUGUUUGAGAUAUUUAUGGAAACCGAAUCUUUGUGUGUUUGUUUUCUUUCAGUGUGUGUGCUUGAGGAUUUAGGUGUCAGAACUUCAUUGUGCAUUUAGAGAGGGUUUUUAAAAAGCUUCUGAAAUUAAAGGUUGAACUCCACAUCUUUGUAGUUCAUUCUUACAAAGUGCUGCAGCCUCUGAAUGUAAUUUCAUCUGUUUGUUUUUUUUUUUUCACUCCAUGAGAGCUGUCUCUUCAAAUUAGUUUAAGGUUCUGUUUGCUCAAAUGAACGUAGCUGUUGUCUCAUGAUCAAGUAAGCAGGUGAUUUUAUUUUAAAUAUAUAAAUAUGUGGAUAUAAAUGUGUAACUUGCAUAGUUAAAACUAGUUUCUCUACUUUUGAUUCUUAUGUCUUGGGUAUUUACAAUUGGAACUGUUUUUUUCAGCAGUAGCUUAUGUUUUAAACCUGCUGCUGCUUCUCAGUUAUAAUGAAGGUUGCUUUCAUCAAAUCCUCAUCCUGAACGUGGUUUUUGUCUGCGUCGUAUUUUUAAUCAGCACUCUGCUGUUUCUAGGAGUUGUACAAUAAAUGUAAAAUGCCUGGAUUAGUAAUAUUUUUUUGUUGGCAUUGCAGCUUAGCUUUGUAAACAUUUAUUUACCACUGAAUGCCUUGAUUAUUUUUUUUUCCUCUUAAACUAAAAUAAUGACAAAUGCAUCAGCUUGCAACCUCUUUACAUUUGUAUAAUUCUGUACAUUUGAAAUAUUCCAGGAAAGGUUUCUUUAUCCGGGAUUUUAAAACUGCUUUUGUAAUGGAGCAAACUUAAAAUAAAUAUUCUUUAAAAUAAAA